AUAUCAAAGCAAAACAUUUAAGUCUGGCAUCUCCUACGACAUGAUCGUUUUAGUCCUCAUAUCGGCCACUGUCGUGGCCCUCUCGAUACUUUACUUCAUAGCCAAUAGAAAAUUAAAUUACUGGGAGAAAAGAGGAGUACCCUUCGAGAAACCAGUACCCAUAUUCGGAAAUUUUGCGGAAUACAUUUUAUUAAAGGCGUACUGGGGCAAAUCGGCGCAAAAAUUAUGCAAAAAGUUUCAAAAAGAACCGUAUUUCGGAGUUUAUUAUGGUACGGAGCCUGCCUUAGUAGUACAAGAUCCCGAGCUGAUCAAGCUCAUCACAACUAAAGACUUCUACUACUUCAGCAGCCGAGAGGUAUCCAACUAUACUCAUUUAGAGACCAUGACUCAAAACCUGUUCUUCACUCAAGGCAACCGAUGGAAGGUGCUUCGACAGAAUCUGACGCCGCUCUUCUCGUCCUCUAAGAUGAAGAACAUGUUUCACCUAGUUGAAACAUGUUCGAAGAUGUUCGAAACACUGCUUGAUGAAGAAACCAAGAAGUCUCCAGACCUUGAUGUCAGAGCGACAUCCGUGCGGUUUGCUAUGGACAGUAUCACUUCCUGCGCCUUUGGAGUAAACAGCAAUGUUAUGGGAAAAGAUUCUGAUAACAAUCCUUUCAAGGUCAUGGGUGACCUGAUCUUCGAACUGACAAACUACAGAGGAUUCAAGAUUGUAGCACGCGCUAUUUGGCCUUAUGUGUUUUAUGGCUUAGGUUUCAAGGUAUUCCCUCAAGAACUCGACACAUUCUUCAACAAACUGCUUUCUGAUGUAUUCAAAGAUCGGAACUACAAGCCAUCUGCAAGGAACGAUUUUGUUGAUCUCAUGCUAAACUUAAAAGAAAAUAAGUACUUGUCUGGAGAUUGCAUGAGUAAUGUAAAGUCGGAGUCCGAAAAAAAAGAGCGGAUGAACUUAGAGGUGACAGAGGAAUUGCUGAUUGCUCAAUGCGUAGUAUUUUUCGCCGCUGGUUUUGAAACUAGCGCAUCUGUCAUGUGCUUUACGUUGUACGAAUUAGCUAAAAAUCCUGAAAAACAACCAAGAUUGUUCGAGGAGGUGGAUGCAUAUUUGAAGAAAUCUGGGGGUAAAGUUACUUAUGAGUGCCUAACGGAGUUGCCGUAUCUGGAAGCGUGUGUGAACGAGGCUAUGAGGCUGUACCCGGUACUAGGAGUGCUGGCACGCGAGGUGGUGGAGCCCUACACCCUGCCUUCAGGCCUGGUGUUGGAGAAGGGGAUGCGCAUCCACCUGCCGGUGUACCAUUUGCAUCAUAACCAACACCUGUUCCCGGAGCCGGAGAAAUACCGACCAGAAAGGUUCAUGGGAGAAGAGAAGAAGAAUAUCGUUCCCUACUCGUACAUGCCUUUUGGAGAGGGACCUAGAAUCUGUAUUGGAAUGCGUUUUGCCCGUAUGCAAAUGAUGGCCGGCAUGGUGACUCUGCUGAAGAAGUAUAGCCUGAGUUUAGCGCCCGGCAUGCCGCGCGAGGUGGACUUCGAACCGAGGACCUUCGUCACGCAGGCCAAGGAUCCCAUCAGGCUCACGCUCACUCCGCGCCCCGGCCCGGAGAGGAUGUUUGCCUAAUUUUUAAUAAUAAAUUUAUAUAACAUUUAAAACUUUUAUUCAGUUCAGUUCAAAUAUAUUUUGUAAGAUUAUAAAUCACUUAUACGAGAAACAAACAAAGUUUUAGUAAUAACAUAAAUUACAAGUAAUCCAUAGACCAUAACAUAAGCGUAAAGGAUUUAAUAUGACUGUAUUUUAAAUAUAUUAAGAACGGGUCUUGCACGUAUUUUAAGUCCUGAUGACACUGACAUGAUACCGAGGGGUACGGAGUGAAACAAGUCGAGCGAUUUCAACUUAAAAUACGUGACCGAAUAUUUCUGUGUCUCACGGAAGUUUUGUUAUGAAAAUGUGUAUUUUAAAUAAAAAUUACACAUAUUUAAACAUAAUUUAGUCGACUGUAUCACGAAUUAACUUUGUGACAUUAACAUUAAGGUGGCCACUGACGAGCCUUCCAACAGUCCAAAUAGCGUGGCUGCCAUCCAAAAUCGGUCCGUGCAUGUCAAAAACGUACCAUGUUUAAUAUUAAGAUGCCGUCCAUUUGGAUGAAUCCAUUGUAACGGAAUCCAUUUGGUAGGCUCGUCAGUGGCCUGCUUUAUUAGGUACACAAUAACUACUAAUGUGACAUGUUUUUGACAUUAGAGAUAUUGAAUCGAAUUGAAGGUGUGAUGGGCUGUUUGCAUUUUGUGAAGUCUCAACUUUUCAUUUACUUUUCGUAGGGUAACUACACAAAUCUCUGUUUUGAUAUUUUUGCUGGAACAUCACUGAUGUUCCACAUCAGUUAUCUGUGACCGUGUAACUAACAGCGAAACAUCGAAAAUAUUAUAAAAUUGUCCUUGUAUUCGUUGUUGACUAAUUUACGAGCAUAUUUCCAUUAUUGAAUGUUCCUUAAACCUACUAGGUAUAUAUAGUUAGUUUACCAUUUAAAUAUUGAUUCACUGAGUUAUUUUUGGAACUAUAAGCGUCAAGAAACUUGCAAAAUAUUUUGAUAAUAUGUAAUAAAAAAUCGAAUAACAACAAUUUACAUAAUGUAAAUUUUUAUAGAAUUUCCAAAGUACCUAGUUAGCUAUGUUAGUUAAGGAAACAUAAACACAUGGUAAACUUUGUAAACAACACAAAACGAGAUAAUUUGAAUAUCAUUAUAUUAUUAUCAUCACAAAUAUAAUUAUUAUAAUUAA